AUGAACAUCAAAAUCAUAAGUGUCUCCAAGGAAAACAGCAAGGGCGCUACUUUGUUUGCAAAGGAGCUGCUUGAAAAGCUCGAAAGGUACGCCCCCGUGAGCAGCAUCACCGUCAAACCCAAUCCUCGGAACUCCCUCGACCCAGCGGUGCAACGCGAGACUGAAGGCGAGAGGGUACUCAAGGCCCUGGAUCCCAGGGACUUCGUGGUAGUGUUGGACGAGCGCGGCAAGGAGCUGCGAAGCGAGGACCUAGCCGACCUGGUCGCAGCCGCUGGCGACGAAGGGCGGCCCCUGGCGUUUUGCAUCGGCGGGCCGUACGGACAUAGCGAUGCCGUACGUGCACGUGCUGACAGAAUGCUGCGAAUGUCCGCCAUGGUUCUCAACCACCAGGCAAGUUUCGGUCACGGGGCCAGUGUGGCGCUCGUGGUGCUCCUGGAGCAGCUGUACCGCGCUUGGACGAUCUUGCGAGGUGUGCCGUACCAUCAUUGA